GUGCCAUCCUAUGGUUCAACGUGCCACUUAAGUGUUCCUAUGCACUGUGAAUAAUUUAAAAGCGAUCGGACGUGAAUCAAAUAGAAAUGAAUACGGGGGGUGCGGGGAGAGUGCAGAGACGAAUGGACAGAUGUCAGGGAUGUGUAUUUAACGCUGGAGGAGCUAACUCACUGGGUCAUGUUACGAACUGGAGAAGCCAAGAGCUUUUGACGGAAUUACCGCGCUAACCGAUACCCUGAGCUGCUGACAGACGGCUGUAAAGAGUGACUUCGUCUUUGCGCAGUGAGAGGUAGAACACCUUUGAUCAACAGACACAGGACAGACCAAGGACUCUGUGACUGAGGAAACCGUGAAGUAAAGAAAGCAUUGCUUUGUGCAAGCAUCUGGUGUCUAAGCGACGUGCAGGUAACACGACUACACACCUGUGGAUACAGAGUUUGCAGAGGACUGCUCGCCAUACGGCAUGUGACAGCACAAUUACCGUGGGAUCGACUGAUUUUCUCAAGGUUGUACAGGUGGUCCCGCCGGAGAAGAUGCCCACGCUGCGGGUCUGGGUGGACGGGGAGGAGAGGACGGUGUCGGGGAUCUCCAAGCGGACGACAUGUGGGGACGUGGUGAAGGCGAUGAUGGCAGAGUACGGCCUGGUGGAGAACGGCCACUCCUACAUGUUAUUCGAAAGGUGGCGGGACUGCGAGAGAACGUUGCCCGUGGACUGCAGGAUCAUGCGCGUGUGGAAGGCGUGGGGUCCAGAGCAGGAGAACGUCAAGUUCAGUCUCAGGAAGUACAGGCCGACCAAAGCAGCCGCGUUUGAAGCUCUACACAUGAACAAGGUAAAGAGGUCACAUUCUGUGAGCAAGAAGGAAAAGCACAAGAGCCUUCGGCAUGCCCGACGGACGCACACGUCGAAGACGGCCGACGUCAGGCCGAAGGCAAGCGAACAACCCUCGGAGGGUACAGUGGAAAAGACAUUCGGAACUCUUGAAGAGUUGGUCCAGAUAGUCGUGAAGCAGCAAAACACGAUAGAAGAGCAGUUGAGGCGUAUUCAGGCCACCGAUGGUGAGAUAGAGAGGCUGGAGACCAGGAUUCACCUGGCUCGGGUAAAAUUGAAUGGGACAAAUUACGUACAGGAUACGUAUUUGGCGGGGUUGGAGGACAGUGACCUGUCAGACACUAGUAGCCAUUCGGAAAGAGCCGAGGAACUUGAAAGGCUCAUGCUGGCCUACAUACAUACGUGCGAGGAUAUAUUCCGAUUACAGGAACAUAUAUCACUCGAGGAGACCAGAAUGGAAGACUUGUCUAUGGAAAUCCAAGACGAGGUGAGCUUUCUCGAAACAAACGAGGGUGAAACGAGAGCUCUGGACUGGGGCAAGGACUCAAUGGGCCAGGACGAGCCUAAACAUACCACUGACCCGUCGGAAUGCAAGCCAGACCACUUACUUCAGGAGGUCAUCCGGCAAACGUGCACUCUAGAAUCCAAUAUCGACUUGACGCAACACCAGAGGGAAGAAAUGAGGUUCCUUGAGAGAGAGUUGUCUCUGAGAGACAAACUAAUCCGCGCCAAGCACAGUUUGGUGCAGGAAUUGUACAAAGAACUGGAAGAGUUGGAAGCAGAGGACCGCGAAACACGGGAUCACGCAGGUAAUGAAGCGCCAAAACAAGACUUGGACGCUAUUCCAGAAUCCAAAGUGUUAGACUUGGUGGAAUCAAACACUUUGAUUCCACAGCAGGGGAAAGGGGACACCUCGCCAAAGGGGUCGACUGGAAGUUACGAAAACGACUCUGACACGGGCCUAAGUUCUCUACACAGCCAGGACGAUGUGGUGACCGUUGUAGAAACGCUGGUUUGAAGACAAAACACUAUACAGGUGUCUAUCAGUGUUAUGGUACUAGUCCUCUGUAUAUAGAUAUGAUAUAUAUUAUGAUACUCUACAUGCGCAAUCAUAGCAAAUCCUAUAUGAUAAUCCCAGGAAACAAUUCCCUCAUUGGCCAGUUGGUGACUACAUUCAUAUGUACAAAUGUUCUGUAUAUACAAAAUAUCAUUGUUGUUGUUAUAGUUGUUGUUUGGAUUAAUUUGCCAGAAGACUGUCUAAACACAACCUCUACUCCAAAGAUCAGCUAAUCAUCAAUUGACGACAUCGUUUUGUCGACAUUUGUCUUAUUCGCAGUACGCUGUUUUUUGUCAAAGAUAGUUGCAAAGUAGUUCUGUACAUGUGUUGUCAUAACCAAUGGAACCUCAAUAUCUGUGUAUGGAUGGACUUAGAAGGAUAUUGUAGACCGGGGCAAAUGAGAAAAAAAAAAGGACUUUCCAAAAGAAUGUAGAUAGAAAAAUGCCCGAGCAAUAUGUUUUUUACACAGGGUCCUUCUACAAUCCGUUCUAACCCAUCCUUAUCUUUGGUGUCUUUUGAUCGCAAUGUUUCUAACUGAAGACCGCUAAUUAAUCAAAGAUUAUUUAGUCUACUACUUUCAACUACUGUUUUAUGUUUUGGCUUUAGUUUCCUGUUUAUAAGAUUGAGCGCAUUCUAGUGAAAGCUAAGCCCAUUCACCGCUGUAUAUCCAUACACGUGUAUCAAAGGCCAUGUAUUGUAUCAGUUGAUCUCCUGUCAUUCUAAAUACAUGCUUAGUCCGGUUUGAUUAAAACAAACUUGAUACUUUUA